ACUCCCGUACCGGAAGUGGAUAUCGCGCGUACGUGGCUUAAGAGCAAUAAAGGAGGCCCGGCUUGCAAGCCGCCAAAAGAGAAUGGGGAAAGACAGUCGAGCGGAGACCAAGAAGCGCGUCGGAUCACGCAACGGAACCGCGAAAUCGUUCGGGAACACGUGACUCGGCGCUCGCGCGAGAACCGUAUCGGAUCGUGCUCCGCUGGACAUCGAUCCCUUUCCGCGGCGAUUCGCGCAAUUCACCGCAACCUCCUUCGGUAUCGCCUUUGCUUUUUUUUCACUAAAAGAAAGAAGAACGAUUUCCAUAAAGAGGACGGGCAAAAUACGCGUUCCGAUAUUUCUAGCGUAUCGAUAAAAACAGGAUGGUUGACGUUCGAACGAGUUGAUAGAAAAGUGUGACGGGGAAUGGUGAGGAGACUGUACAUCGGUGUGUUUUAGAGAAGCAGCUGUAUCUUUUUAAUAAUCAUGGAAGAAGCAAUCUGAAAUGGGUCAUUUCGACUCAUCUGGUAGUUUUAAUGCUGAAAUUGGGUAGUCGAUGACGAAUGCGCGGAGUAUGACGUCAAAUGCAAUUAGAGGCAUACGGAGGAAGAAGAGUUCGCUAUGCGAGGUAAAGGUGGCUGUGAUCGGGGCGCCCGGAGUCGGGAAGAGCGCAUUGACGGUGAGGUUUCUAACAAGGAGAUACAUUGGGGAAUAUGAUCACCAGUCAGAGAACAGAUACAAACACGAGGUGCUCGUCGACGGUGAACCCAUUCUUUUCGAAAUUUUGGACACCUGCCCGAAGAGCGAAGAUGAACUACCAUCCACAGAGACUCUACAAUGGGCAGACGGAUUACUUUUAGUCUACUCGAUAACCGAGAGAGGCUCUUUCAAUUUUGUGCGGAAAGCGAAGGAUACGCUAGCAGUGGCUGACCCGGAAGCCACGAUGCCUCUCGCCAUGGUUGGAAACAAAGCCGAUAUGGUACACUUAAGACAAGUCAGCACCGAAGAGGGGGAGAUACUCGCGAAAGAUUUCGAAUGUUGGUUUAGCGAAGUAUCCGCCGCUGAACAGGUCACUCAAGUCGCUGAAUCUUUCCACGAAUUGUGCCGGGAAGUUUUGGCUGCCAGAAGAAGGAACAAACAAUCUUUGUUGGAUAGAAUGCUUGGUAGCAAAGCAACACGCGCUUAUUCGCGAGGUAAAAGUGAUUCUGCACUACCGAAGGAUUAAUAUACAUAAUUUUUUAAUUUAUUCAUAAAAAUAUUCAAUUUAAAAAUACGUAUAAAACGAGUUAUCGUGAAAAUUAUUUUUAUGAAAAUUUACAGUGUUAUCUUAGAAACAAGAAAACAAUUGCAUUCAUAGUAUGCAGUUGUACGUACUUAUCAUCAAAAUUAUAAGUACCAAAGAUUUGUUUAACAUCAUGUAACGUUUGUAAUUUAUAUGAUAAUCUUAUAUUUUGCAUAAAGUAUGUAGUCUUCAAGAUUUCACGAUAAAAAAUUUAUUAACGCAAAGCAGAAGCAAUAUAUUGACAUUACAUAAAUUAAAAUCUACUCUAAUUUAUGUAAAAUUUCAGUGCCACAUAUAUAUUUAAAUAUAUAUAAUACAUAUAUAUAUAUUUAAAACAAUAUUUAAUAUUCAAUAUUAUCACAUACUAUAUUUAAACAUGUAAUUUAGAUACAUGUGGAAUCUUAUACCAGUUGAUCUAUAUUUAUUUUGUACUUAUAAUGAAAUGUUAUGACAAUAAAUAUUUUACUUAUUUAUUAUAUCACUGUGAUUUGUUAUACUACGCGCUUCAAAAUGAGAUUGUAUAUUAAU